GAGUUGGAUACGUAGUUAUAUAAAAGAGAGAGAAAAAUAUAGAGAGAGAGGCGCAGAUAGAGAGCGGAGACAACCCAUCGAUGAACACAUUACAGCUUUUCCCCCAAAAUCUGUGCCUGGAUUAAUCUAUUUCAGCAUGUUUGAGUAGGAGUUCAUCUUCAAUAACUCUUUUGAACUUUAGCAAACUCUAUCAAGCUUCUUGGUGAACGGAGAGCUGGAAAAUAUAGCGUCCACUGAGGAUCUGAUACCGAUCGGUUCAUCUUUGUGAGUCUCUUCAGAUUGAGUUUCUUGUCACCGAUCCUUUCAGGUUUAGUUUAUUCGAGGAUAUACAAGUAGUUAAUGUGGAAACGGAGUGAUUUAUAAUUUGCAUGGGUUACGAUGCCUGAGCUGAGAAGUGGAGCUCGGAGAUCAAAACGCCUUGUUGAUCAUCAGGCUGCCCUUCAACCAGUUGAUAAAGAAGAGAACGUGCUUGCAACUGCUCCUAAUAGAGGGAGAAGAAGAGUUGGUGGACGAGGAAGAGGUUCAAAUGCUUUACCUAUAGCAAAAGGGCCUUCAGCGGCUAUACCUGCUAGGCCACCUACUGCUGGCAGAGGAAGAGGGGUUAGGUUUAUAGAUCUAGACCCUGAGCCACCUUGUGAGGUCCUUCCAGUAGAACCAGUAUUGAAUAGAGUUCAGGGGGUUGCGGAUAAAGCCAUUGCGAUGGAGGGGGGAAAUGGGGACAAGGUUUUGGCAGUUGAAGAAGAAUCAAGUACUACCCCCGUUCCUGAUAGGGUGCAAGUUGGUGAUUCUCCUGUAUACAAGACAGAAAGGAAACUUGGUAAGGGUGGUUUUGGUCAAGUUUAUGUUGGAAGAAGGGUAAGUGGUGGCACCGAAAGAACAGGACCUGAUGCACUUGAGGUAGCAUUGAAGCUUGAGCACCGGAAUAGUAAAGGAUGUAAUUAUGGUCCGCCUUAUGAGUGGCAAGUGUAUAGCACGUUGAAUGGGUGUUAUGGGAUACCAAGGGCGCACUACAAGGGUAAACAAGGGGAUUUUUAUAUCUUGGUAAUGGACAUACUUGGACCCAGUCUUUGGGAUGUUUGGAAUUCUUCAGGCCAAUUGAUGUCACCAAAUAUGGCGGCUUGUAUUGCAGUGGAGGCAAUAUCAAUUCUUGAAAAACUUCACUUGAAAGGGUUUGUGCAUGGUGAUGUGAAGCCUGAGAACUUCUUACUUGGCCAACCUGGAACACCUGAGGAGAAGAAACUCUAUCUUAUUGAUCUUGGUUUGGCAUCUAGAUGGAAAGAUGCCUCAACUGGGAAGCAUGUUGAAUAUGAUCAGCGCCCUGAUAUAUUUAGGGGCACAGUAAGAUAUGCAAGUGCUCAUGCACAUUUGGGCCGGACAGGAAGUAGAAGGGACGAUCUUGAGUCAUUGGCAUAUACCCUUAUAUUUCUAGUCAAGGGAAGACUGCCAUGGCAAGGCUAUCAGGGAGACAACAAAAGCUUUCUUGUUUGCAAAAAGAAAAUGACUACUUCGUCAGAACUGAUGUGUUGCUUUUGCCCAGCACCUUUCAAACAUUUCCUUGAAGCUGUAACAAAUAUAAAAUUUGACGAGGAGCCAAAUUAUUCUAAACUGAUAUCCCUCUUUGAUAGUCUGAUUGAUCCAUGCACAUCACAAAGACCGUUAAGAAUUGACGGCGCCCUUAAGGUUGGGCAGAAGAGGGGAAGAAUGCCUAUGAAUUUGGAAGAAGACGACCAACCAAAGAAAAAACUGCGACUUGGUAGUCCUGCUACUCAGUGGAUAUCGGUUUAUAAUGCACGCCGUCCUAUGAAACAAAGGUAUCACUAUAAUGUUACUGAUUCAAGGCUGCGUCAGCAUGUAGAUAAGGGUAAUGAAGACGGUUUACAUAUCAGCUGUGUUGCUUCUGCACAAAACCUGUGGGCCUUGAUCAUGGAUGCCGGUACAGGUUUCUCUUUUCAAGUAUAUGACCUCUCAGCUGUGUUCCUGCAUAAGGACUGGAUAAUGGAGCAAUGGGAAAAAAAUUAUUAUAUUAGCUCCAUAGCUGGUGCAACUAAUGGGAGUUCCUUGGUUGUCAUGUCUAAAGGUACUCCAUACACACAACAAUCUUACAAAGUGAGUGAAUCAUUUCCAUUCAAGUGGAUCAAUAAAAAGUGGAAAGAAGGUUUUCAUGUCACUUUGAUGACUACGGCUGGGGAUCGUUGGGGGGUAGUGAUGUCUAGAAACUCUGGAUACUCUGACCAGGUUGUGGAGCUUGAUUUUCUGUACCCUAGUGAGGGUAUACACCGAAGGUGGGAAAGUGGUUACAGGAUAACUUCCAUGGCUGCUACUAAUGACCAAUCAGCUUUCAUUUUAAGUGUACCCAAACGGAAAGUCCCAGACGAAACACAAGAAACACUCCGUACAUCUGCUUUCCCAAGCACACAUGUGAAGGAAAAAUGGUCAAAGAAUCUCUACAUUGCAUCGAUAUGUUAUGGUAGGACGGUUUGCUGAUGCGUGACGAGACGAAAAUACAAACUGUUGUGUUAUGAAGUAAAAUUUGCUGAAAAGAAAAGGAGGAGGAAGAGGAGGAGCGAAUAAAAAGAGGUCAACUGCUGCUAAGCCAUAUAAUAGUAGAUGGAGCAUUAUAUCCUUGAGCCAGUAACAGUGGUCAGGUGAUUUAAAUUUGUGCUGUGACUUUGCUAGCAAAUUGCUCACUGAGUUCACAGUUAAAAUGCUGGUGUUGUAAUUUAGAAAUUUGGGUUAGGGAGAAAGAUAUUUCUGUGAUACUUACAACACAAUUCAAGGAUUGAUUCUAUUUCAUGUAUGCUGUUUUUGUCU